GGUAUUGUGUUCUGUUAUUCAGUUCAUCUCUUUCCCUUGUUGUGAGAGGCGAACGUUUGGAGCUGGAGUCUGCUGGUGUCUGCUGGAGCUCGCUGGUGUCUGCUGGAGUUCGCUGCUAUUAAACGUGCUGGAACAACUGUACUCUAGUACACCAUCUGAAGACUUGGAGAUCACGUCCGGUGUAACACUUUCUCGGGGACUGAAAAUGAGUGGGAAAAUGUUGCCGUGAGAGACUUGCCGCCGCUUCUAACUCAACCCGUCACACUGGGUCAUCAUGGCGGAGAGGCAGCUGCUCUGUAUGUUAGUCGCCUUUACCCUUUACAAUUUUGCUUCGAGAGUGACCUCAACCUCUGCUAUUGGGGCGGCUUUGACCCCUGCUCUAGGGGCAACUGAAGAGGAGAGGGGCAACACGACAUAUAAUCCGGAUGAGAAAAUAUUAGAAAAUGCGGGACAGGAGCAAGUGGAGAACCCCUACAGUCGCAGUGGUGACGUAGAUGCUGCUGCUGCUGCUGCUGCUGCUGCUGACGAGAACAGUACAACUGCUGCUACUGCUGCUGGGAACACCACACAAACUGCACUGGACGACAGAUUCCCGACACAAGGCUUGAAGAAUCACUACGAAGCUUGGAUAAGGAUGAUCAUGCAGAGUGAUUUUGUAAAAAGUAACGGAACUGUUAAAUAUAACGAAACUGAAGACUACGAGGAAAAUGAAACAGAUGAAACGGAAAAUGAAGUGGAAGUAGUCACCGCCAGUAGCCGCGUUAGAAUUCUGCAGAAGUUGGUGUAUCCUGACCAUAGAACUUUGGAACCUGAACCAGCCAAAGUCAACCGCAAUUGUGAAUGCGGCCACUCCAACUCGCCCCGGCACAAGAUCGUGGGAGGAGAGGAGACCUACGAGCACCACUAUCCCUGGAUGGUGUCCGUGCAGCUGUCCAAGACCAAGAAACACUUCUGCGGGGCCAGCAUCAUCAGUGAUAGCUUCAUCCUCACCGCCGCCCACUGUACUGAUAUGUUGCUGCCUUUUGAGCUGCUGGUGAGGGUCGGUGACCACGACCUUACUACCAAUGACGUCUCCCGCGAACUCUCCUUACCUGUCUACGAGAUCUAUCAGCACCCUGGGUAUAACCGGGUGACAACUGACAACGACAUAUCUUUACUACGGGUCAAGAUGCCCUUGACGUUGACCUGGAGGAUCAGCCCCAUCUGCCUCACCCCGCCCGACCUCACCUUCUACAGGGAGAGCGUUAUUGUCAUGGGGUGGGGGAAGGAGUGGGAGAAAGCGAAGCUGGGGUCACCCCGCUUGAGGCACGCUUACCUUAAUAUCCUGGCUAUGGGCAACUGCCGCCACAACUUCAAGUUCCACUCCGAGGAGAUAACCUCCAAUAUGUUUUGUGCGCUGAGUGACACCCAGGACACCUGCCAGGGCGACUCCGGCGGCCCGCUCACUUGGUAUGACGAAAAACAGAAGCGUUACUUCCUCAUAGGAGUCACCAGCUGGGGCAUCGGCUGUGGCAUGCCUAACUACCCAGGAGUGUACACGAAGGUGGCCAAGUACCUGGACUGGAUCUACGCUACCACAAGCGGGUCCACCUUCUGCACCUCCUACAACCCCCAGCCAGACAGGAAGAAGAUAAAACAGAAGACGAAGACAAAGGACAACAUAAAGCAUGGGAACCAGUGGAAUAACGGUUUGGUGAAGCCGCCAGCUUACUUCCCCUUACCUUUUGAGAGGAUUAAAAAUACAAAUAAAAAACGCUCCAGAGGCAAGUUUAAGAAAAAGAACUCCAGGACCAGGAAUAUGGAAAGGCAACGAAAAAGGAAAGGGAAAAACAUUAAGCACCGAAGCCAACGGAAAGGUCUGGCAAAAUUGGCAGAAAGGAGGAGUCAAAAGAAACUCAGGAAAGGAAAAUUGACACACAGGAAAAAACAAAGAAAACAUGGAUUAAGAGGUGGGAAUAGAGUACACAAGAGGAAGAGGAAAACAGGGAGAAGGAAGAAGCAGAAAACAUGUGAUGAUGACGGGCUAAAAAGAAAGAGAGUUAAGAAAACUCGUAAAAGACCUCGCCAGAGAAAAUUAAAGAUUAGCAAGGAAGACUAGGCGCCCUUGACCUCCACUGUUGCCACGCCCGCAACGGCGAUCACAUCUCUCCGCUGGUGCCACGUCGGCAACGGCGAUCACAUCUUUCCACUGUUGCCACAUUAGCAACGGCGAUCACAUCUCUCCACUGUUGCCACAGUUCAAUACUCAUACUUUUUCAAAGAUAAACACAUACGCAAAUUAAAAGUAGAAUUAGUAUUCUAAAUAUAGCAUUAUAAACAAAAUUUAUAUAGAAGGCCAUGUUACAAUAUGAAAUAAGUUGAUAAAUUCAAUUCAAUUAGUGGUCUUGAUUUUGUGUAAGGGUUAAUGGUUAAGAAGGGGUAGAAAUAGCCUAAGCUACUCUAUCCCUUUGGGAUGUAUUUUCUUGUCUCAAUAAACAUACUUGAACUAGAAAGCGAUGCAGGCCACCUGUAGCAGGUUGCUACAGCCCCGAAGUAUUACUUCAGCUUUAAAUAUAUUUUGAAUCAAAUUUAUUUAGCAUAUUUACAAUUAGAGAAUUGCGCUUUGGUGCUUGUACUAGAAAGAUGCUUAUUGUGGAUUUAUAUAUAUUUUGCAUUGUAGAAUUUCGAUGUUUAUAUCACUAUGUAAUAUUAAAAUCACCAAGUUAUUAAACUAUAAUUUUGCCAUUUCCAAUACUACGAAUCAUUGUUCAAAUGAUUAAAUCAAUUAUAUUUAUUAAACUUUACUUAUUGAUAGCACUAUAAUGACGGAAUAGCUAGCAUAGCAUUAGGUUUAUAUCAAAUAUUUUGUUUAAAUGAUGAUUAUAUUGUACUUGCA